AUGUCGAAUUUCUUGGCGUCGCACCUGCUCUGGGUCUUCGCAUUUAUUGCAUGCAUCAAAAUCGCUCAGGCGGUGUUGAAAGGCUAUCGUGUGAGGAAGCUAGUGCACGAUAUACCUGAGAAAUAUGGCAUUCCCACAUUGCCGCAUUCGAUGCUAUGGGGACAUCUGGCGGAGCUGGGCAAGCUGAUGGCUCAGUACCCCUCAGACAUACACGGACAGUAUAUGCCGACGCUUUUGAUGAAGCACCAUCCAGAGGUUUGCAAGUAUGAUGCUUGCUACCUGGACUUGUGGCCUGUGGUACCUCCGAGCAUCUUUGUAUUCAACCCGGAUAUGAUGCGCCAGUUCUGUCAAGAACCAUCACUGCCAAAGCACGACCUCAUUCAGUGGCAAUUCGGGAGCUGGACGCAAGGUAACGACCUAGCCCUACAGCACGGUGAGGCCUGGAAGAAAUGGAGAAGCAUAUUGAACCCAGGCUUCUCUGCUAAGAACAUUACUUCUCUUGUGCCAGCUAUGUUGGAGGAGGUCCUUGAUUUCAGACAGUGUCUUGAAGGUUUAGCUGCGACCGGAGAGACCUUCAUACUCGAGGACGUGGCCACGAAGUUGACUGUUGACGUGAUAGGCCGAGUAGCCCUAGGAGUGAGAUUGAAAAGUCUUACUGCGAAGAACGCCCUCUACACAGCCCUUCGCAACCAAGUCUCGUGGACCGCAACCCAUUUUUCGCCAAUGGGCCUCCAAAAACUCCUCAAUCCCAUGCGCUACUACUUCACCUGGAGAAACGAUCGUGCUUUUCGGAAAGUCUGUCUCCCGGGCGUGAUCGCGGGCAUCGAAAGUCAAGUUCCGAAAGGUGCCAGCAAAACCAUGACAGACUUGGUCAUAGCUGCUUACACGAAGGACUGUUCGACCAUUGCACCUUUGGAUCCUCACUGGCUUGAUGUCGUGGUAUCUCAAUUCAAGAUCUUCUUCUUCGCUGGACACGAUUCGACUACCGCCACGCUUUGCUUCGUCUAUGCAUAUCUGAACGAGAAUCCGACCAAGUUGGCUCUCGUACGCGAAGAGAUGAACCUGGUGCUGGGCAAAUCUGGGCUGCAAGACAGUAUCGCUAUUAUAUCACGUUCUCCAGAGAUUCUGAGCCAGCUGACUUACACCACUGCCGCGAUCAAGGAAACACUUCGGCUCCAGCCGACGGUCGGGUCUGUCAGACAGGCGCCGGAAGACUUCUUCCUGAUUCAUCCGGAGACAGGUACAAGGCUACCAGUACACGGCUUCAUGUUACAGUCUGCCUCUUCGGCCGAGCAGAGAAUGGCAAAGUAUUUUCCUAGACCACACGAAUUCAUUCCGGAACGAUUUCUUGCCAGAGAAGGCGAAGAGCUGUAUGUGCGCAAGAACACCUAUCGACCAUUCGAGCUAGGUCCAAGAAAUUGUAUCGGCCAGGAGCAUGCCAUGACUGAGAUCCGGCUGAUUUUGGCAUUGACCAUAAGGGAUAUGGACAUCGUUCCGCAGUACCCAUCGGACGCACCUCCUUUGUUUGGUUCACAGCUCUAUCAAGAGAGCAACGAGCGAGAGAUCAAAGCGCAUCCCAGGCUUGGCCUGCCAGCCAAAAUUGUGCUUCGAGACCAGAAUAGCCGACAGAGUGCAUAG